ACCUGGCUGCGGCGGCGGCUACGAGGCGGCCCGUGCCCUGGGCGCUCAUGAGUGGGCGCUGCGGCUCUUGCGGGCGGCGGAGGACGGCUCCGGGGCGAAGGUGAGCUGCCGUGAAUCGGAUUGCCACAGAUUACGAGCACGGAGGUAAACGCGCGCUAACAGUCCAGAAGAGCACCCUCAGCUCAGCCGGGUGUGCCUGCACUUCUCACAGUCCCUUCUGUAAGAACUUGUCAAAAAGAAGAUGCAGCUUAUGGGCUUGCUGGUCAGCUUGGUCCUGGUGAUCCUGCAUUCCCAGGGAACAACAGGGACAGUGUCCACUGUGGAUCCUGAAGUAUACAUGAAUGUGAGUGAACUUAUCAUUUACUGGGGAUACCCCUUUGAGGAGCACUUAGUCGAGACCAAAGAUGGCUACAUUGUUUCCCUUCACCGCAUCCCCCACGGGAAGAAGAACCAUUCUGAACCAGGUCCCAGACCAGCUGUGAUUCUGCAGCAUGGCUUCCUGGCAGAUGCUACGAACUGGAUCACAAAUCCUGACAACAGCAGCCUGGGCUUCAUCCUCGCCGAUGCUGGUUUUGAUGUGUGGAUGGGAAACAGCCGAGGAAACAUCUGGUCCAAGAGACACAAGACUCUUUCCGUUUCUGAUGAGGAAUUCUGGGCUUUCAGUUUUCAUGAGAUGGCAAAAUAUGACCUACCUGCUAUGGUUAACUACGUUCUGAAAAAAAGUGGCCAAGAACAACUCUACUAUGUGGCUCAUUCUCAAGGUUGCACAAUAGGUUUCAUUACGUUUUCACAGAUCCCUGAGGUAGCCAAGAAGAUUAAACUGUUUUUAGCCUUGGCUCCUGUGACGUUACUCGAAUUCUCUUCGGGUCUUGUGUCCAAAAUUUCAAAAUUUCCAGAAGUUUUUUAUGAGGACUUGUUUGGACGUAAAGAACUCCUUGGCCCAAAUGAGAUUUUGAAGUGGCUGAGCAUCCACAUGUGUCCCCAUAACAUCCUGAAGGAGCUCUGUGGAAACUUCUUUUUUGUUUUGUGUGGAUUUAAUGAGAGGAAUCUGAAUAUGUCUCGAGUGGAUGUGUAUGCGUCACAUGGUCUUGCUGGGACUUCUGUGCAGGACAUGAUACACUGGACGCAGAUUAGCAGAUCACAAAAAUUUCAAGCCUUUGACUGGGGAAGCAGUGCCAAGAAUUUUCUUCAUUACAACCAGAGUUACCCUCCCAAAUACAAUGUGAAAGAUAUGCUUGUACCUACUGCCUUAUGGAGUGGAGACCACGACCAGCUUGCAGAUGUCAAUGACAUCAAAAUUUUAAUGACUCAGAUCACUAACUUGGUGUAUCACAAGCGACUUCCUGAGUGGGAACAUCUUGACUUUCUCUGGGGCUUGGACGCCCCCUGGAGGGUGUAUAAUGAAAUGAUUAGUCUAAUGAGGAAAUACCAGUGAAAGCCAGGCAUGGGAUGAGUUCAAGUCAUGGGUUUGCUUAAAACCCUUGUCUUCCUUUCCUGGAGCUUUUGUACUUUUAUAUACAAGAAAAUGAUGACUUUAAAGACUCCCAAUUCUCUCUAGUUAGGACCAGAAAUACAAUAGCUGUAUUUCACGUAAUUAUGACAAAUAAACCAGUGUCUUAAUCACGAUGUUGUCUUAUUAAGCCUUUAGAAAAAUAUCACUAAGUCUGAAAAAGUCAUAAUUAUUCUGUUUCUCUUUGCAAUGUUAAACCUGCUCAGAGGGCUUUUUGUAUGUUGCCCAAGACACAUGGACACAUAUGGAAAAUUGUACACUGUUGUUGUCUUAAUAAUUGUCACUGACUUUAAUACAGUACAAAAUGUGCCACACUCUAAGCCAAGCAUGCUGUGUACACCUGUAAUCCAAGAAUUUGGGAGAUUAAGGCAGGAUGAUUGCUGACAGUCUGUGGUCUAGCUUAGGUAAUGAGACUUGUCUCAAAAAAACCAAAAAGGGGGCUGGAGAGAUGGCUUAGCAGUUAAGGCACUUUCCUGCAAAGCCUAAGAACCCAGGUUCGAUUCCUGAGAACCCAUGUAAGCAAGGUGCACAUGGUGGUGCAUGUGCCUGGAGUUCAUUUGCAGUGGCUGGAGGUGCUGGUGUGCCCAUAUUCAUAGUCUUUCUAAUGUGUAAAUAAAAAUAAGAUAUUUUUAAAAAGAAAAAAAGUACCAGGGUCUUAUCUCCUUGCCUUAAAGGGCUUUCCUAACCACUGGUUCUGUGUCUAAUCAUCUAAAAGACAUUUUUCAUGUUUGUAUGCACUAGGUACCUAGUCAGAUCCAGUGAUAUUUUAGUUGUGCCAGGAGUAAAGACAGUCUGUAAUCAGUUUUACGGGUCCUAAAUAACAAAUGGUAACCAAAUAAUUAAAUUUUCUAGGCCAAGUGAGACAGUUUGUUGGAGUCUUCAAAACCAGAUUGCAAUGAUUAAAAAAUGUACUUUUAUGUCUACUAUCUUGAAGAUCGAUGCACUCAUCUGUCUGUAUUUCUGAACUCUGGAUUGUACAGCAGGCCAUGAUCCUACUUGUUUGAGAAGAAAAGUCCUCUGGGAAGACUGACUACUCUUUCCCGAAGUCAGUGCUCUCUCUGAGCCAGCUGCCAUGGCUCCGGGGACGGAGCCUGUGUGGGGCCAAAGCUCUGGUUGUGCGUGGGCUGGGUGCGAGUUCAUCUUCACACACACGGGCUUUGGACAUGAGUAUUUUCAGACUGAAGUUCUGCUCAGAAAUUUGCCUUGAAAAAUAAUGUUGUAUGUGUCCAUGAUUUCUGUUGUUGUUACUUUGUUCUGUUUUUUCAAGGUAGGAUCUCACUGCAGCCCAGGCUGACCUGGAAUUCACUAUGUAGUCUCAGGCUGGCUGCAAACUCACAUUGCCCCUCCCACCUGUGCUUCCUGGAGUGCCUGAAUUAAAGAUGUGUGCCACCCGUGCCAGCAAGGCCAUGCUUAUCUGCUGUGCUUGCAACUGUGUUUGUUUAUUGCUAAGUGGACAAUCAUGUUUUUUGAUAGUUAUCUUAGAAGUAUGUAAUAAUAAUACUUGGUGUUGGCGAAUUCAGAAAGGAUACUACUAUUUUGUAACAUUUUAAAAGCUAUUUAACAUUUUUCAAUAAAACUCAAUCUAACAUGCCUGAA